UUAUCCAGUCGAGGCUUACCAGAAAGUUGUCGUUAAGUUAGCAGAAAAUGUUUCACUGCAGAACUUGCUGAGCAAUUAUGUUUAGAGUGUGGCUAUCAUGGUAACUUGUGGUUAAAGUGGCUAUCAGGAAUCGUCCAUCUCUAGUUCUGGGAAUGUGCAGUUGCGGUCAUCGUAUUUUGUUGUCUCGUUUUAUUUGGAUAUCGUCCAUUAAAUUUUGAUUUCUGGCAAUCAAUUCAUAAGCCAAAUAAAUGUCAUAUUUAUUUAUUCACUUGGAGGUUAAGUUUAAUAAAGAUAUAUUUAAUUGCUUAGAAAUACAUAAUUAUAUUUUCCCAUUCAUUCAACAAUAUUCGAGUGUCUUAGCGCUUUUGAAACGUUGAGUCUUCAUUACGUCAAGUUAUACUUUAAAUCGCUUUCAAAAUGCAUGGCCGUCUGAAAAUUCGUUCUUCUGCCGAACAAGAAGCUCGAAAAAAAAAGGAAAAGCAAAUGAAAGUAGUGAAAUAUAAAGAAGUUAUGAAUUUGAUAUUUCAAAAGAGAGAUGAUAACCUGUAUGAUGAUGAAUUACUGAUGCUGACUGAGAGAAUACUAUCGGAGAUUCCAGAUUUAAGUUCAGUGUGGAAUAUUCGUCGUGAAGCAUUCAAAAAAAGAGAAUGGUGUCAAGAGGAAUACAUUGAACUGUUAAACAAGGAACUGAUUUUGACCGAAAAUUGUCUGCAUAAAAAUCCGAAAUCUUAUAACUUAUGGCACCAAAGACAUUGGGUAAUCCAUCGAUUACCGGAAGCAAAGUGGAAAUCAGAAUUAGAACUUUGCAAUAAAUGUCUGAAUUUAGAUGACAGGAAUUUUCAUUGCUGGGAUUACAGACAACAGUUGGUUAAAAACGCAGGAGUACCUAACCAAAACGAAUUUGAAUUUUCUGAACUUAAAAUUAUGGGAAAUCUAUCAAACUACUCUUCGUGGCACUAUCGAAGUAAAAUUAUAUCCAAUGCGUUCUCUGAUGAAACAGAAAACUUAUCGAUUUGUCAUGAAAAAUAUAAUAAAGAAUUGGAUCUUGUUAUAAAUGCUAUAUUCACGGAUCCUAAUGACUCAAGUGCAUGGCUUUAUCAACGUUGGCUUUUGGAAUAUAAUAUGUUUAAGGCUAAUGACAUUUGGCAAAUAAAAGUCACAGAGAACAGCGCUACAAUAAUAUUUCAUGGUAACACUGAAAUAAAACCCGACGAACUUAUAUUAACUCGAAAAUAUAGUCGAUUAGAUUCUCACAUAGAUCACACAUCUACCUGGCAUUCUUACAAUAAUAAAGUACGUUCAAAACAAUGGCAUUCCAAUUUGCCUGUCAUUGCAAAUGGAGUAGACAGACAAUUUUUAUCGAUAUCUGUUAAGCAUAACAAUAAAUCUUAUGAUCUCCACAAAUCUAAAAACUGUAAUGUAUGGUAUUACAAAUCAUCCAUAAAACGUACUAAUACUCAUCGCACUCAGUUGAUUGAACAGUUUAUCAAUAUUGAAAAAUUGUUAGAAAUGGAACCAAAUAAUAAGUGGGCGUUACUUACUAUGAUACUUCUUAUGAAAAAUUUGGAUUUGAUUAAGUAUUAUAAUGAAAUUUUGAAAAACUUAAGCACUCUUAUGAAAAUAGAUAAUCUGCAUACAGAGUAUUAUGCUGACAUCCGUAGCAAAUAUUUGCUGGAUUACAAACUGCAUACGUUUGGGGAAAAUGAAGAAGACUUUGACACAUGGUCCAUCACAGAUUUAUCGAAUCUUCAACUGACAAUUUUGUAUAAUGAACAUGGUUUGAGUUUCGUUGAACAAUUAAACAUAUCUGGAAAUCAAUUGAAUCAUUCAUUGCACCGAUUGGCUGUUUUACAAAAUUGCAGAAAAUUAGCUUUAUGUAACAAUAAUCUAGCUAAUCUGAAGAAUUUUCCAUAUUUAUCGAGUCUCAAAUAUCUUUCUUUACGAAAAAACAAAUUGACAAAUAUCGAAGACAUUUUGAACCUACUUAAACAACACAAACUCACUGAAUUAGAUAUUCGUGAUAAUUUAUUAGGUGGAAAUAUUAAUGAAAUUACUUCAAAAAUUCUGACUAUCUCACCAAAUUUGACAUUGAAAGUUAACGAAUGAUUCUUUAAUAAACUUUAUAAAUCAAAAUUUACAACCGAUUUGUUCAUAUUUCAUCACAGGAAAAACAAAAGAUUUGAUGAUGCUCAAUUAUAUUGAAUCCUAUAGUAAAAAUAACUAUACAAUUACGUAAAGUUAGUCUUGUCAAUUCUUAAAUCGAAGAACGUUUAAAUUUAAUGUUACAUGAUUCUAAGAAAAGACAAUUUAAAUCUCAACUGGUUGAAUUAGAUCUAAUUACAGUUAAUCUAUGUAAAUAUACCCAAAUAGAUAGACUUUCUUAGAGCUGAAGGAAAAAACACAUAUAUUUUGAUUCAUAAGUUAAAAGCGAACAUUCGUUGUGGGCUAGAAUUGACAAAAUAAGUCUAAAGUCAUGACGCGUUCAACCUGUUUUAAAAAACAUGCAUUGAACAAUAUUUUUUUUAACAACAGCGUCUGAUGUCCAAUGUGAGAGAAAUUUAAUUUCUUAAAGAAAAAAAAAUGCAGUAUACGCUCGUUAUAAGCCAUUCCUUUAUAAGUAAAUUUUCAUUAUCGUUCUAUUGACAACGACUUUGAACUUUCCCCACUCUUUCGGACACUCAAAUCUUAUAUCUUGAUUCUUAUUAUAAGCAUCACUUACUUUUUUGCUGAACAGAUUUUUUCGAAUAAUAUAUUCUUGCAAAUGUAUGGUACUUUAAUUGAAAAAAAUUUUUACGUUAUUAAUUUUGAUAUGUACAGAAAUAUCAUUGACAAUUUGUCUUUCUAAUACAAUAUCAAUCGUUGCUUCUAGUGAGUGUUUAGUAACAAUUGAUGCGUAACGCACAUAUGUAAAAUGAGCUUUGCCCAAGUAACACAUGGGUGAGCAAGAUUCUGGUGUCAGUACCUUGAGCAAAACCCCUAGUCACUAGUGUCUUUUUCUACGUAUGGGUCUUGUGCUAGAUCAUGUAGCAAGAAAUCGUCAUCAAGACUUGUGCAUGACUUGCUCAAGGCAUUGUACACAAGAAUAUUAAGUACCUUAGAUACGGUGCAGUUGGAAAGUUUCUGGCGCAUUUUUUGCACCAUUAACUUACGGCAGAUAUUGACGCAUAGCUUACUCAAGAUCUGCUCAAGGCUCAAGGUCAAUUUUGAGUCUUGAGCGAAUUUUGAGCAAGCCAAGCGCAAUCAUUUUUAACUUUAGUCUUCCUUCAGAAUUGAGUUAUGAUCUGGCACGAAUUUCUUGUGUAAGGCUUGUACUAGACUUGCAUUAUUUAGCCACAAAUAUCUGCAGCAAAACACACAGGUAGGACAAGAAACUAAUGUCUAUCGAACAUGAGACCAGGCUUGCUCAAGCCUUGAACAAAAUUGUUUUUUUUAACUUCCCGCUAAGAAAAUUAAAAUUUUUUUUUUAUCCUUAUUGGCUAUCGUCCCUAUUUGGCUACGUGCCACUUACUACUGUGAACAAGAUUGUUAUAUGGAUGAGAUUUAAAAUGGAUAAGGAGUCUCAAUUUCGAAUUUUUCCAGGAACUUAUCCCCUACCACGCUUAAUGGUUGCUUUUAACGGAUUUGGAUUCGUACAUAGAUCAUUUCCAUUUGAUAUGUUUGACUAAUAAGAUUGGAAUUUAUUAGUAUUUAAUCUAAUUCCCUGUUGUAGUUUGUUGACAUAGUUUUAAAUUACAUGCGAUUGAAAUUUAUCAAAUUUACCAUUAAGUCAUGUGCUAAAGUGAUUUAACACUGUAAAAAUGUAUGCAAUAGUAAAUUAUACAGUUCAGACGACUUUGUAUUAACGAUAUACAAUACUCUAUUCAAUCUCAUAAAUUGGUUGUUUAACAGUGAAUUAGUGUGCUCCUUUGUAAAAAAUAUCGAAAACAAUUAAUAAAAACUCAUUGGUUCAAUUAUAGCUUUACCAUAAGAAUGAAGCAUUGUCAUACGCUGGUUGAUGAUUUUCUCGCUGUCGGUAUACCGCGUUUCUUCAGUAGAAAAGCUGAAGUUCCAGCUGUCAUUUGCUUAAAUUUCCUGUAUCGUACGACUUAAUUUUUCUCGACGUCAGAGGGUUUUUGGAACGUGACUUUGCUGUCGACU